AAGAGAUGUCCGCUGAUCCCACUGCUCCUGCGGCUGUUUCUGAGGUUGCUGAGGGCGUCGCUAACAUGUCUCUGAGCGGGAACGUAGCGACAGACCCCGUGGAGACACAGGCCGAACGCACCGAAACGCACCCCUCGUCGUCUGCGGCACCCGCGAUCAAACCCGUCGCCGACGCCGAGGCGCACGGGCAGGUCGUCACGCCCUGGGACGUCCAAGGCGGUGUCUCUGAAGACGGCCAGCAACUCGCCAUCGACUACGACAAGCUGCUCGAGCAGUUUGGCACCCGCAGGAUUGAUGAGGCGAUGCUGCAGAGAUUCGAGAGGCUGACGGGCCACAAGCCGCAUGUGCUGAUGAGGCGGGGGAUGUUCUUCUCGCACAGGGAGUUUGACAAGAUCCUGGAUCGUUACGAGCAGGGCAAACCUUGGUUCUUGUACACCGGCCGUGGACCAAGUAGCGACAGCAUGCACUUGGGACACAUGAUUCCAUUCAGUUUCACGAAAUGGUUGCAGGAUGUGUUUGAUGUCCCCCUGGUCGUCCAGCUCACCGACGACGAAAAGUUCCUCUUCAAGCACGAACUAAAACCUGAACAAACGCAUGAUUUCGCGUACCGUAAUGCAAGGGAUAUCAUCGCCGUUGGUUUUGAUAUGAGCAAAACCUUCAUAUUUAGCAAUUACGACUUCAUGGGCGGUGCCUUCUACCGGAACGUUACCAAGGUCUCGCGUCAAAUCACGAUAAACCAGGCCAAGGCGACGUUCGGCUUCAACGAUUCGGACAACAUCGGCAAGAUCCACUUCGCCGCCAUCCAAGCCGCGCCGUCCUUCUCCAACUCGUUCCCGAACAUCUUCGGGACCAAGACGGACGUGCCGUGCCUGAUCCCGUGCGCGAUCGACCAGGACCCGUACUUCCGCCUGACGCGCGACGUCGCCGCGAAGCUCAAGUACCAGAAGCCGACGCUCAUCCACUCCAAGUUCUUCCCGGCGCUGCAGGGCCCGCAGACGAAGAUGAGCGCGUCGGACGUGAACUCGAGCAUCUACAUGUCCGACACGCCGAACCAGAUCAAGAACAAGGUCAACAAGCACGGCUUCUCGGGCGGCCGCGAGACCGAGGAGGAGCACCGCCGGCUCGGCGGCAACCCCGACGUCGACGUCGCGUACCAGUACCUCGGCUUCUUCCUCGACGACGACGAGGAGUGGGCUGCGAUGGGCGCGGACUACCGCGCUGGCCGGCUGUUGACCGGCGAGAUGAAGAAGAAAUGUAUCGAGGUGCUCCAAGAAUACGUCAAGACGUUCCAAGAGAACAAGGCAAAAGUCACCGAUGAGGUGGUCAAGGCGUUCAUGGACCCACACCGGAAGAUCGAGCCGCGCUUCGGCAGGGCGAAAUCGACCGCGUGAGGGUCCCAGACUGUACAUGUGACAGAAAAUGUGUGUACCAGUGACCAUGUAGACUAGUUACACGACCUCGAGCGGUGCUGGCAGUGUCGCGCCAGAGCGUCAUA